ACAGCUGCAUGGACUAUGAACAGACCAGUACUGUGCAUACAGACAGUCUGUCUAGUUAUAUUAUUGGGGACAGAGUCCACCCUGCCAGAGGGAGCGAGGGAGGGCUUUCAGGUCUACUCAGGAGAGGCUUCUCAUUUCUCUGUACACUACAGCAAGGCUGCAGCCAUGAACACUGUGAAGCCAGCGGGGUACGAGGGCCGUUAUGUUCAGGGGUUCCAGUUUUACUUGAAACACUCGGAGGAACACAAAGCCAUCCUUGAGUAUGUUGACAAGGUUCUCCCUGGAGAGUUCACCAGAAUUGGAGAGGGGAAAUCCAAAAUGGAUGUUCUAGGUGUUGGAAGUGGUGGCGGGGAGAUGGAUGCCCACAUCCUGUCUAUUCUACAGUCUAAACUGCCAGCCACCCCUCUUACUGCAGACAUAGUGGAACCCAGCAUCCAACUCACUGACAAUUUCAAAGCGUUAGUGAAAAAGACUCCCAGCCUUCAGAAGAUCCCAUUCUCUUGGCACGCCAUGACGUGUGGAGAAUAUGAGAAACAGGUCAAAAACAAAAGAGAGAUCAAAAGAUUUGACUUCAUUCACAUGAUUCAGAUGCUCUACUACGUAGAUGACUACCCAGGAACCAUCAAGUUCUUCCACAAUCUUCUGAAGGAAAACAGCAAACUGCUCAUAGUUCAUGAAGCAGCUGGCAGCGGCUGGGACACCCUGUGGAACACCCACAGGAAAGAGCUCUGCACCAAGUCCAUCUCUGACUACCUGUCUGCUGGAGACAUCAAGGUUCAUCUGGAGCGGCUGGGGCUUAAGUAUGACGAGCACCUCAUCCCGAACACCAUGGACAUCACAGACUGCUUCACUAAUGGGGAUGAGAUGGGAGAGCUGCUGCUGGACUUCAUGACAGAACAGGACCACUUCCACCAGUCUCUGACCCCUGACCUUAGAGCAAGCAUCCUGGACCUUCUCCGGAACCGAUGCAGCACAGAGAAAGAGGGCAGGAUACUGUUCGACUGCAGCUUGAGUUGUCUCCUGGUUUACUCCUGAACCAUGUGUGGUGUUUAAUGAGAGUACCCAGAGUCAUACGAAGAGAUCUACUGUACACAGUAUAUGGCUCUGAGUUUGUCUAUGUUCAUUUAUUGUCACCUGGCUAAGUGGCUAUAGUGCACUAUGUAGCAAAGCCUAUACCUAUAUAUCUUCUGCAAUACAACAUGUUGCCUUUCUAUCUUCAAACCAAAUUGUUUUUCAGUGUUUUCAAUAAAAAAUGUCCUCUCAUUCUUUCAAA